AUGGUCAAUAAGGUAAUAAUAUUUUUUAAACUAUAAAUAUUAUAUUAUUUUAUAGACAAUGUAUUUUUAUUUUUAGACUCUCAAAUCCAAUCCUAUGUUUACAACAAUUAAAAGUAAAUUCAAUGUUCCAUAUAGAACCUAACUAUUUUAAAUAGUCACCUUAUAGCAUAUUAUCAUACUUAUAAACAUUAUUAAUCUGAUAAAUUGUUUAGAACAAAAAUCAGCACCCAUUAUAAGGUCCACAUUAAGAAUAGUUGAAUCGAAGGAUGAAAAGGUUAAAAGAGAUAUUAAUGAAAAACCAUCAUCGUGUAAUGUUUCAAAAACUAUAGAAGAGUUAAGGAAUAAUUGUCCGCUGACUCCGCUCACGGUUAAACUUGUCGAUAAAGCUCAAAACACAGUAAGAAAUACAAAAUAAUGUAUUUUAUAUCUUUUAAAAGGACUAAAUAAUUUGAUUUUAAGUAUUGUUAAAUAACUAUAAUAAUAAAUUAUUGCAGUAUUCAAGUAACAUUAUUUUAAUGCAGUGGUUCCCAACCUAUAGUCCGCAAAACGAUAUGUGGUGGUCCGCGAGGCAUACCUAUAAUAUUCAAUAAAUCAAUAGGUAGUGAUUAUUAGAGUUUAUUACGUAGAUUAUUUAUAAAUUUAUCGUAUAUAAUAUAACUUAUAUUACUAUUACCCAUUGAAUAAACAAAAAAAAAUGAAUUAAUUAAGUAAAAAAAUAUAAUAAGUAAAAGUAGUAGUGACGCGAAUUUUUUUUAACUUGAACCACCAAUUUAAUUUUCUAUCCAUCCGUACUAAAAAUAUUCCAAAAUCUACAAACUAAGGAUAAAAACUAAGUUUCUUUUGGGCGUAUUGUUGAAAGGGGAAGGAUUAUCUAGGUCCAACAAUAAAUUCUCACAAUUCUUUCACGUUUCUCAGAUAUUUUAAAAUUUCUAAUUUUUUUGAAAUAAUGAUAAGUUUUAGUUUUUUUUUUUUUCAAUAAAAAUAACCAUCAACAACAAAAUUAUAUAAAUAAUUUAUAUUAUUAAAUACUUAACACCUAAUCUAACUGUAAAGCCCAGGGGCGUGCACAAAUAUUUUCAAUGGGAGGAGAGUUACAUUAAAAAAUUAUGUAUAUACAUAUCAAAAUAUUAUGCUGUUUAACAAAGAUUUAUUUUUAUCAUAACCAAUAUGGCUAUAUAAUACACAUCUAUAAAUAUUCGUCGAUUGUCGACCCUCAUGUUUGUGUUUGAAUUAAUUUCCAACUAAUUUAACUAUAAAAUUUACAUUAUGUAAAAAAAUUACUAACAAUUUUUUAAUUUUAUUUAUAUUUAAUUUUCAUAUAUUUUUACGUAUAGUGAAAAAAAUAACAAGGGAGGGGGUUGAACACUCCCCCUCCCUCGUGUAUAUAUGCUACUGAUGAAGCCAUUAAGGCGAUUAUGUACGGAGUGUCCUACAUUGUUAUCCUCAUGCUAAUAAUUCUGUCAUUAUUAAUUUUUUUUUCAAUCUGAGUUUUGUGUGAGGAGAACACAUAUGUAGAGACAAAUUUUUUUUCAUCUUAUUUUUUAUCAGUUAUUGAAAAAAAUUACUUUUUAUUUUAUCAUUUUUGAACUUUUUCAAAAUAUCCAUUUUUUUAAAAUUAUAUUAUUCUAAAACUUAUCCUCGCUAAAAACACGAUUGAACAAAAAAAAAAGAAUAUUGUCAAAACUAUUAGCAUAAGGAUAACAUUGUAGGACCCCUGUUGUGUAUAUGAUGAUUUUUUUUUCAUGAACUAUCGGAAAUUGUAAUUGUUUUAAUUAAUUCUAAUUUUGAAUUGUAUGAAUUAACUUCUAUGAUAUCUAUAAUAAUAUUUUUAUUUUAUUUUUUAAAAGAAGUAGGGGAUCAAACCCUUACGUACCUAAAUUUAAUAUUUCUAAUAAUAUCUAAUAUUAAUAUCGAAUAUCCCUGGAAAAGACGAUACGAGAGUCAUGUCUCAUUUAACCAAGUUAAAUAAUUUAAUAAUCUUUGUUGUAUAUUAUUUUUAUUGUGUAUUGAUUCCGAAGGUUUUAUUUUAAUUUUAAAGACUUGCAAUGAUCACGAAAUCAUUCAAGAAUUACAAGAGCAAAACAGUAUUGUUUCGCUCAAACUUGAGGAAAAUAAAAAAAAAUUAGAAUCAUUAUUGGAGCAAUUGGAUACAAAGAACAAACAGAACAAGGAAGCUGAGAAUAUGGCAGCUAUUAGAAUAAAAGAAUUAGAAAAUAAUUUUAAAACCGUAUCUAAUGACAAAGAUGCAUUAAAUUUGGAACUGGACUCAUCAAAAAAAUUCAUAACAAAACUAAGCCGGGAAGUAGAUGAAAUAUCAAAAACGAUUACUGCACACGACUCUGAAUUAAAUACACGAAUUGAAUCCUUAAAGGAAGAAUCAAAAGUUAAAGAUUCUGAAUUUAAGCAAUUGUACAAAGCGACAAAAAAGUUAAACUGUGAUCUAUCCCAAGCGUUAAGGGAGAAAGAUGAAGUCGCAGAGGAGACAAUUAUACUUAAAAAUAAGUACGUAUAUUACUGAAUUAUUUUAUAUAAUAAUAAUAAUAAAAGGUAAAUGUUUAUAUUAAUACAACUACUGAGCAGAUUAGAAGAAUUGGGUCAAACAUAUUCAAUUCUCAAACGAAAAUUUGAUAAACAAAAGAGUGACCGUUUUAUUAAUAUAUUAGAAUCGAGCGUGAAUUAUGAUGAGAUACAGGAGAAAAACGAAAAAAUUAGACAAUUGUGAGAUUUAUUAUUUUAAUUUAAUGCUGCAUAAAAAAAAAACGUAAGAAUAAUAUAUUAUACACGUAUUGUUUAUUAUAGGGAAGAAAUAAUUUCAAAACAUGGAGAUUUUAAAAAAAAUAUUGUAAGUAUCAAAAAUUUAUAGAAUAACUAUGUGUACAGGAUGAAUAGACUGUAGUUAUUAAUCAACACUUAUUUUGAAUAAACUUAAUUGUGGAGUACUUCAGAUAUUAUUGAUUAUGUUUUUAAUAUAUUACCAAUUAUUAUAAUAUUUAUGCUAAAAAAAUCACCCCGUACAAUAUAUUUAAAUGUAUUAUUGUAAUAUUUAAACAGAAUUAAAUUUCAAAUAAUACCCGAUUUAUAUUUUUUAGACCCGUGAAAAUAGCGCUAAAGAAAAUACAAUAAUGACCUUAGAAGACACUAUUGUCGAUUUAAAAAGUGAAUUAUUUUCGUGGGAGACAAGAGCAGGGUGCCAUAUAAACAUAAUUGUGCGUGACAAUUAUGUUGUUAAAAUAGAAAAUCUAGAAAAAGAAAACCAACAAUUGAAAAUCAAAAACAAACAAUUGUUGAACAGGUGUAACAAAUUCAAGGAGCUAAAAUGGUGAGACAAAUAUAGCUGCACAAUAUUAUAAUAUUAUUUUAUUGUUUUAUUUUCAAAUGUAAUAAACGGUCAAAAUAUAAUAUAAUACGCGGGUGCUUAAAAAUGAUCUAUAUUCAUAUUCUAUACGAUUGAACGUAUUUGCCAUCAUGUUCAAAUCUUCAAUGUAAUGAUUAAUAUUUUUACGGACAGCGAACGAAUAGAGGAGUUAGAAAAAACCAUUAAAACAAGAGAAAAAAUGAUCAAUGAACAAGAUGAAUUUAUCAAUCAAAUGAGAUACAUAACUCAAAUUCAAGGGACCAAUAAUGGGAAUGAACAAAUCAAAAAUAUGAUUCAAGAAGUUUUUCUCAAUUAUGACGAUAAAAGCCGACAAGUGCAACAAUUUGAAGUAAUUUGUAAUUAUAGUAAUUAAAUAAUUAAUAAUUCUAUAGUACUUUAUCAUAGGUCUCAGGGAAGAAGGUCUUGAGUUAAUUUGCUAAAAAUGUGUAUUUUAUAAUUUUGUCUUAAGUCACUUUUUCUCCUUAAUUUUGGAUCUAAGUUGCAUAAUUGUAAGUAUUAUCAGAAAUCGCGUAUGUAGUGUAUUAGUGUAUGUAUUUUCAAUACCUACAUAAUUUGCUUGUAUUAAAAAUUUACAAAAUUUACUUAAGAUUUUCUAUCCUUGGACAAAAGAUAUAAUAUUAUACGAAUUUUCUAUAACAAUAACGAACGCCAAAUUUAUUUCACAAUUCUUUACAGUGGCGUAAAUGUGGUCGUGCAAGGUUAUAUUUUUUCACUAGGAGAAAAUUAUAAAAAAAUUGUAUACCUGUACAACAUGUACAACUGUACAACAUUUUAACUGAUCGUACAAGUGUCGCUUUUUUUCUACUUCUUAAGUCUCAAUCCCAGCGUAGCGAUUUAUUAAUAAUCUGUAGAUAUUUUAUCAAUAUCCGAAUGUCCGGGUCUCUAAGCACUCUACAGACAUAGAUAAUAUACCUAAAUGUAUUUUGUACAUAUCUGCACUCUUUUCAAAUAAUCUUAAUUGGUAAUUGUAAUUUUAUAUUGUUUUAACAUAGUACCGCCAAAAUAGUAUAUUAUAAGUUAUUUAUUUUUUAUUCAUCUUAUAAAUAACUCGAUUUCACACUCUCAUGGUUGUAUAUUAGGUAUAUUUUAAGCUUCACUGCUUCAGCUUUUAAUAAUUAUGUCUGUUAGUUCAUUUCUUUCUCAAUAUAAAUGGACAAAAAUAAAAAGAAAAAAAACGAUUAAAGAUGUUUUUAAAAAAUAAAUUUAUUAAUAGUAACUUUUUAGUUAGGUCUUUAAAAUAUAAAAUAAUUGACAAUAAUUUAAUUAUUUCCAUUUGACAUUUGUAUACAAUAUUAAGUGUUAUAAUUAAUCAAGGCUUGGCUAGUGUGACCAGAUCGGAUUUAGGCGAGGAACCGAUUUUUUAAUGGGUGUCUCGUUAAUUUUUUAAGUAUAGUCGGGACAAUAAAAUGUUCUGAUUUUCAUUGAACAUUCUAUUUCUGCCCCAAUUUCAUAAUUGCAAUGUAAUAUUUUAUAUUAAUACUUUGACUGAAAAUCUCCAAUAAUAUUAAUAUUAGACUAUCUGUAUUUAUUACACGUAUGCCGAUGGGACAGAUUUACAAAAGAAGUUGGAAUAUUGGUGAAAAGAUAAAAAUGACUAAUUUUAAUAUUUCUCUACACCAACAAAAAUUCCGGCCAAUUAACGCUAUUGAUACACUGUACGAACUAUAAACUAUUAACGGUUUUAAAAUAAUGUUACAGACACUGCAAAAAGAAAAUAGACAAUUACGUAUGCUAUUAAACGAAUUUAGAAUGACGACGGACUUUUUAAAUUAACUGUAUAAAAGAUAAACAAUCCUAUGAAAAAUAUAAUAUGAGUUAAUAAGUCAUACAAGUCUUGUCUCCUAAACUACCUAAAUACAUUUCGGUCUAUAAUAUGAUCUUCAACGUCCAUCCAAGCAUUCGCUCUCCGGUACCGCUAUCCUCGUUGCAGUCACUGUGGUGUUUCUAAACAUUCUAAACAAUCACUGAUUGCCGCCCAUCCAUUCAUACCACAGACCUGACAUGUCUUUUCUGUAAACUUCCACAUGUUGCUACAGACCGUAACUGUCAGGAAUGGUCAACUCAAAAAGUUAUAAAAAAAAUCAUGGCUACUGAAAAUUUAUCAUAUAAAGAUGCUUUAGAAUUUAAGAAAAAUAAAUGCUAUUAUACCUCUGCUUUUAAAUACACCGAUGUAGUAAAUAGUCAGCUUCCAAAUCUCAAUAUUUUGAAACCAAAUAUGCCCCUUUAUGAGGACAAUUUUCCUAACCUUAACGAAAGCCAUCAUUUUUUUAAUUCUAGAAAAUCUAAACAGAAACUUUAUACUACGUCGAAUAAAAAUAGAAAUGUCUUAUCCGCUGAACCUUUCCUUUCUUCUCUUAAUGGUAGUUAUUUAGAAAAUAUAUCUAAUCAACGUAACUCUAUGGAAAAUAACUCUAACGAUUUUUCUUGGGUACAUGCUUUAUCCUUAAAACUUUCCGAAACUCUGACUAGCUCUCCCUCUCUAGUUUCCCCUUUCUCCUCUCCUACUCUUCAGUCCUUAAUUGAAUCUUCUCUUUUUUCUUUACUAGCUUUACCUAAUUUCAAACGCAUUUCCUAAGCAACCUCUUAUUUUUUUUUAUUUUUUUUAUUUUUACGAAACCCUUGCAUAAAUUAUCACAUCUUAUCCGUAAAUAACAUAUCGCAAACAUUAUGUCUUCUAACGUAAAUAAUAACAUUUAUGGCAACAAUCUUAAUAUUUUACAGUGGAAUGUAAGAUGCUUAUCAGCUCGUCUUCCUUCACUUAUAUACCUUCUUUCUGCUCAAAAAGGCCUUGUUGCAACACUCUUCGAAACUUGGCUCAUCCCCUCCCGUUAUAUGAAUAUCCCUUCUUUUAGAAUCCACAGAUCAGAUCGACCAGAUGGGUUCGGCGGCGUGGCCGUAGCAAUCCAUCAUUCUUUGAAAUCCAGACUAAUUCCUAUUGAUAUGACCACCAGAGAUAAUUUCUAUAAACACAAAAUUGACGCUAUAGGGAUUGAAAUCGUUUUGGACACCCAACCUCCUUUAGAGAUAUGGUCCUGCUAUAUCCCUAGUAGUUCCAACGUUCCUUUUAACAUCUGGUAUUCUCUUUUCAGUCUGAUCUCCUGUAAUUCUAUACUUUGCGGCGAUUUUAACUCCUUCCAUCCCGCUUGGGGCUCUGUCUCCGCAUCUCACCGUGGUAACAUUAUUUACAAUAUUAUCAACUCACUCCGUUUUAACAUACUCAAUGAUGGCCGCCCAAUACACGUCUGACGGCCCAAUUCCGCCGACUCGGCUAUUGAUCUAUCCUUCUGUUCCCCUAACUUAUAUUGGAACCUUUCAUGGCGCACUUUGUGCGAGCCUCAUGGUAGUGAUCACCUUCCCAUUAUCAUAACAGCUACCAAUAGGAGCCUAUCCCAUCAUUAUUUUACCAAUAACUUCACCAGCCCUAUACUCUACAACUUUAAUAAGGCCGAUUGGACCUCUUUCUCUCUUAAUAUCCACGACACGCUUUCUCAGUCUUCCGAGGACCUUGCCCUCCCCAAUUCCUAUUCAAAUCUUACAGAAAUCAUAAUAAACGCUGCAAAAUCGGCAAUACCAGUCAAAUCUGCCAACCACAAAUUCCAUCCACCCACCCCCCGGUGGUGGAAUUCGUCUUGUACCGAGGCCGUCAAAACCAGAUCUUUACAUUUUAAAAUUUUUCGUCGCACAGACUGUCUAUCUGAUCUUCUUAAAUAUCGUAAUGUUAGCGCCCACACAACUGGUCUGCUUAAAAAUGAAAAAAGAAAUAACUGGAAAAUGUUCUGUUCCAACCUAAACCUUUCUUGCUCAAUUCAAUAUCUAUGGGCCACAGCCAAAAGGUUCAAAAACUGCGUUAACCCCACUAAACGCCCCGAAAACGACGACUGGUUCGAUAACUUUUGUUCUAAAGCCUCCCCGUGCCAUGUCCCCACUGAAUCAGAGAUUCGUCCCCGUCGCUACCCUCUCUUAGCUCACUCUCAUGUUCUUACCAAUAGUUUUACGCUGUCCGAAUUAAUGUUUGCUAUUUCCUCAUGGAAGUCCAUAGCUCCUGGACUCGACAACAUCUCUCCGGUCUUGUUAAAACAUCUUCCUGAUAUUGCGUUAGUCUCUUUACUUAUUAUAUUCAAUAACCUGCUAGCUACACAGCAGUCUCCUACCUCCUGGUGCUCUUAAACUAGUGUAACCGGGGAUUACUACAAAACAUUCCUUGCCAAAAAAUUGCGACCAGAAAUCCGUAAAAAGCGACCAGGAAUGUUACAAAAUGGUGUGUCCAUAUUGCACGAUAAUGCGCGGCCGCAUAUCGGAGCACCAGUCGUCGCUCUUUUGGAGAAAUAUGGAUGGGAACGCCUCAAACACCCACCGUAUUCGCCGGAUUUAAGUCCCCCGGACUUUGAUUUAUUUCCNGGGAUCCGUUUUCCCAACUUAGAUAUACUAAAUGAAGAAGUGAGCCGAAGAAUCCGUGAACUCAACAAAGAUGGCGUCCUAUGCGGCAUUCAAGCGCUCCCGAAACUAUGGCAAUCGUGUAUAGACAAGCAGGGAGAUUAUAUCGAAGGUCUAUAA